CUUACCUAUCAUAAGUCCUAUACAUACACCGAUGAGUCAAAGGUUGAAUGCCUCGAAGAAUUUCUGGGUCCGCGUCGACGAAGUCAACUCUGGUCAAUACGAUGAACUCCCGUCCCCUCCCCAGCAAAACCAUGUUGAAGGCAUAUUGGCGAACUGGAAGUCUCCUGGAGGCUUAGGUGUAGCCGUUGUAAAGGGUGGCGAUGAUGGCGGGUGGUACGCUGAAACGAAAGGAUACGGGUACGCGACGCUGGGCGGGAGCAAGGUAUCGGAAGAUACACUCUUCUGCAUUAGUUCUAAUUCCAAACUUUUCAAUGUCCUUGCGACUGGCCUUCUUAUUUCCAACGAAAGCCUCGUUCCCAGGAUUUCCUGGGACACCAGGAUCGCGGAUAUCGUCCCCGAGUGGGAACUGAGGGAUCCGGACCUCCCUCGGGAUGACUUGAUGUAUUCCUGGAUGGAUGAUAUACACUCUUUGGUAAACACUCUUGCUUCACCGAUUGCUUUUCAGCUAGAACUUAGGGGCAUGUAGCUCGCCAGAUUCAAGUUCCUCCGGCCAUCGACAGAGAACGGCAUGUUAGUGUUCAUCUCCCAGUUGUUCUCCUUUUCUCCUUCCUGAAUGCUCCCUAGAAUGAAGGCAGCUACAGCA